CUCCAGACUUCACGGUUGCCCCGCCCCAUCCUCCUGAGGAGAGGAGUGCUCUCUCUCUCAGUCGCUCGUUGUGAAGAGGAAGAAGAGUCGCUGAAAACCUGUUCCUGUCCGCCUUCUCAGAGUCUGCCACGGGAUUUCAAUGUUCAACCUGUCUGUUUGUUUCUGUGCAGAUCCGGGCCGCACAUUUAUGGCGUUUGUGAGUGGAGACUUCUGCCAUGCUCAGCACCUCAGCAUUGUGAACAAGUGAAUCAUCAGCCCCCCGCGGGACUACGCUACCCAGAAACCCCCCUGACAGCUAGUACUGGGCCCUGUCUGUCUCUCCUGAAUCCCCCUGGGAUCACGCGUAGUCCUCAGCCUGAGCGCUAACAAGUUCUGUCUCCCUCCCUUGCCGCUUUCUGUCUCUACAGUCAAUCCGAAUCACCUCUCCUGAAUGGGCCGUCUUGCCAACAUGAACCGCCCUGCCGCUGUUGAAAUUACCUACGAGUGCAUGAGAUUCCUCAUCACGCACAACCCUACCAACUCUACACUCAACAAGUUCACAGAGGUAUGGAUGUGUGUGUGUGUUGUGAUUCUUUUCUUUGUGGGUGUGUAUGGGUGUAAGGCACAAGGAAGUAACCUGUUCUCUUUUAACUUUGCCCUGAAGGAACUGAAGAAAUUUGAGGUUAACACAGUCGUGCGCGUUUGCGAGGCCACUUACGACAAGGCGCCGGUAGAGAGGGAGGGCAUCCAGGUCCUGGACUGGCCCUUUGAUGAUGGAGCGCCACCCCCCACCCAGAUUGUUGAUGAUUGGCUAAAUUUGUUGAAGACCAAGUUCCGUGAUGAACCAGGAUGCUGCAUUGCCGUGCACUGUGUUGCAGGAUUGGGCCGAGCACCCGUACUUGUGGCCUUGGCCUUGAUCGAGAGUGGGAUGAAGUAUGAGGAUGCGGUGCAGUUUAUUCGGCAGAAGAGACGUGGAGCCUUCAACUCCAAACAGCUUCUUUACCUCGAAAAAUACAGACCUAAGAUGCGCCUGCGGUUCAAGGAUGCCAACGGUCACAACUGCUGCAUCCAAUAAAGUGCCAGUUGUACAAAACUAUUGGGAAAUUUACUUAAUGCAAGCUGUGGGUAAUUAUUGUGAUGGUUAAUAUUCUGAGUCAUGACUAAUCGAAUUAACGAGAUGUAACAAAUUGAACCUGAUCUGUGGAUUCACCAGCUGUAUGAAUGAGAGAGGUCAAAGCACACAGAUAUGGCUGCCUCCUGGUUACCACUGUACCAGUCACGGCUAUAACACAGCAGUUCCUCAUGACUUCCCAGUGUCCAAUCAUGGGAUAGCUUUUUAUUCUCCAUUAUUGUAAAAUUAAUUAUGUUAACCUUUAUGAAAAGAUGUGUAUGUGUAAUGCUGUUGGUUUUGAUUAAAUUGAGCAUUGCUGUUAUAAUUGGACAAGAGGAUAUACACGAUAAAAAAGUCUAUAACUUGUUUUAUUAAAAUAACAUUUUUAGUUGCUGAAAA